GGCGCGUGGUCCGGGCCGCCACCCGCCGCACCUGUCACCCGGACGGCCGCCAGCGCCCUCCUCGCGUCUGUUUAGGUCGCUGAGCCCGGCCGCAAGGCCAUAUCGGGCAGCGGCGAGCGCGCAGCGGCAGCCGCCCUAGUUUGCUGACCCUUGCACUGGAGUAAGUGAGUUAAAGUGCAGAUGCUGGAGCUAGAUGGAAUUAGAUUCAUCAUUCGGUGCCUUCAUCUGUAAAAGAAGUUCUGGCCAUUUCAUCAGAGAAGCAAACAGAAUAGUGACAAGUAAUUAAUGCUUUUUUAUCAAGGAAAAAUGAAGACAAGAGGUUUCUAUGCUCUUCUUGCUGACAGUAUGAUAACAGAAAAUGACUGUUUCAUGGCAUCUGUUUAUUUGUGAGUAAUCAGAAAUGCAAAUAGCUCUUCAGGAAUCAAGCUAAACUUAAAGAAGACGCGUAGAAAUUAGAGAGUGUCAUGGAGUACAAGAUUGAGGGAAAGGAAAAAUACCAGCAUAGCUUAAAUUUACUGAAUAGAAUUAAAAACAUGAAAGAAUUUGCAGAAAUGAUUGAUGUAGUACUCAUAGCAGAAGAGGAGAAAUUUCCUUGCCAUAGACUGGUUCUGGCUGCGUUUAGUCCCUAUUUCAAAGCUAUGUUCACCUGUGGACUACUUGAAUGUACUCAGAGGGAAGUCGUACUCCAUGACAUCACAGCAGAAAGUGUGUCAGUGAUACUAAAUUACAUGUACAGUGCUGCUUUAGAGAUCAGCAACACCAACGUGCAGACCGUGGCUGUAGCUGCCUAUUUCAUGCAGAUGGAAGAAGUAUUUAGUGUAUGCCAAAAAUACAUGAUGGACCACAUGGAUGCCUCCAACUGUGUAGGAAUCCACUACUUCGCAAAUCAGAUUGGAGCUGAAGAUUUAUCUGACCAGUCAAAGAAGUACUUAUAUCAGCACUUUGCCGAGGUGAGCUUACAUGAAGAAAUACUAGACAUUGAAGUGCACCAGCUUUUGGCACUUAUUAAAUCAGAUGAUCUAAACAUUUCCAGGGAGGAGAGCAUUCUGGACUUGGUUCUAAGAUGGGUAAAUCAUAACCAAGAAUUGCGUAAAGAGCAUCUUGUUGAACUCUUGAAGCAAGUCAGGCUAGAACUUAUAAAUCCUUCUUUCUUAAGACAGGCCCUAAAAAGGAACACAAUGCUUCUGUGUGACGCAGGUUGCAUUGACAUCAUUCAAAAUGCAUUCAAAGCCAGCAAGACACCCCAGCAGCACCCCCUGAACCUUCGCUAUGGCAUGGAAACCACCAGUCUUCUGCUUUGUAUUGGCAACAACGCUUCAGGAAUCAGGUCACGACAUAGGAACUAUGGGGAUGCCAGUUUUUGCUUCGACCCUGUGUCACGGAAGACCUACUUUAUUUCAUCCCCCAAGUAUGGGGAUGGUUUAGGAACUGUGUGCACUGGUGUCGUCAUGGAAAACAACACUGUUAUUGUGGCUGGAGAAGCAAGCGCCUCCAGGCUCUCAAGACAAAAGAAUAAGAAUGUGGAAAUCUAUAGAUGUUUAAAGCAGAUGUCAUUAAUCGUUUUUCAGCAUUCUAUAUGUUAUUCACCAGUCCCUAAAAAUACAAAGUAUCAUGACAGAGGAAACCAGUUUUGGGAAAAAUUAUGCACAACUGAAUUUCGGGAACUCUAUGCUCUGGGCAGUAUUCAGAAUGACCUCUAUGUUGUCGGAGGACAGAUGAAAAUAAAAAACCAGUAUCUUAUUACAAACUGUGUUGAUAAGUACUCUGUAGAACGGGACAGCUGGAAGCGAGUAUCUCCCCUGCCAUUACAGUUAGCCUGUCAUGCUGUAUUGACGGUGAAUAAUAAACUUUAUGUGAUUGGAGGCUGGACCCCUCAGAUGGAUCUUCCCGAGGAAGAGCCUGAUAGAUUAAGCAACAAGCUGUUGCGCUAUGACCCCACCCAGGAUCAAUGGCAAGAGCUCCCACCCAUGCAGUACUCCAAGUACCGGUUCAGUGCAGCUGUGGCCAGCGGCGAGAUCUACGUUCUGGGUGGAAUUGGCUGCCUGGGCCGUGACCGGGGCCAGGUUCGAAAGUGCCUUGAGGUGGUGGAGAUCUACAACCCCGACGGGGGCUUCUGGCGAGAGGGCCCCUCCAUGCCAACUCCCCUCCUCUCCCUCCGAACCAACUCCACCAACGCGGGAGCAGUGGACGGGAAGCUCUAUGUCUGUGGGGGCUUCCAUGGAGCAGACCGCCACGAGGUUAUCUCCAAAGAAAUCCUGGAGCUGGACCCUUGGGAGAACCAGUGGAACGUCGUGGCGGCCAACGCCCUCAUGCACGACAGCUAUGAUGUCUGCCUGGUGGCCAGGAUGAACCCCCGGGACCUCAUUCCCCCCCCCUCGGACCUGGUGGAGGGCGGUGAGCACUGAGGAUGGCUGCCGGAGGAGGGGGGGAGGGGCAUGCCUGCAAGCGUAGAGCAGCCGUGUGUGGCAGCCCAGGGAACGAGGGCGCUCCAUAAGGUUGGGAGGACCAUAUGGGUGGACAGGAGGAGGGAUGGCCGAGGACCAGCAUCCCAAGCGAGGACCUUGCUCAGCUAGGCCUCAAGAACUGUGCUACCAGAGGGGUCCUCUCCGUAUGAAGUGGCUGAGGGUUCCAUCCAUGGGGAGGCCAUGGGAGACUCCAGGCAAAGGCCCUGGGGCAGGAACAUGCAGACACAGCCUGCUGGCACUACUACCUGGGACCCAGGAACACAGCUGCUAAAUGGUCAACACCUGAAGCACAAAGGCCCUAGCAGGCAGGGCCUGGGGACGGUGCCAAAAGCUCCUUACGUGUGCUGUGGCCCGGGCUGCACAUGCUGUGAGCUCCCGGCCUGGCAGCGGCCACACAGCCACACUGGAAACUCGGUCUGUGCCACCAGACCACCAUGAGCAGCCGAGUCUGCGUCCAGCCCAGAGUGGCUUCUGAGACUCUGCGACUUACCAGGUUCUACCCUUCUGCAGCUUGGGGCCAGCCGGACACAGCCAGGGGUGGAGCCGGCAUGGGG